AUGGCGACGAUAUUCCAGAGCUUCCGAAGCUCGACCCUGUCGAAGCGUCUGCUCAUCUACGCUCUGCGGCGUCUGGAGCUCCUGGACGAGGAGACGCUGGACAUGGAAAACCUGCAGUUCGCCCUCGGCAGAACCACCACGGCCGAGUUCAAGGAUGUCGGAGUGCGCCUCAAGAAACUCGAGCGACUCCUGCAACUCCCCACCUCGUUCCAGAUUCAAAAAGCAAAAGUGCUAAAGCUCAACGUCACGGUCCCCGUCGAUUUCUACACGAGCCCUAUCAUUAUUGAGAUUGAUGGCGUCGACGUGCGUCUAAAGGUGUCCACCGCCGGCGAAGACAACAAGAGCAAGGCGGCCGCCACCGCCGCCGCAACAUCAAAUGAAGACGAGUCCAAGGGACUGCCGAACACCAUCAACCUCGCCGAGUCGUUCCUCAACGAGGAUGCUGCUUUGAAAGAUACCAAACUGGCCGACGAGAAGAGGAGGUUGGAGGAUGCCUUGGCCGCCGAAACGCAGGACCUCGGCGGUUCGACCUUGAGCGAGAGCUCCACGAGCGACGACGGGAGUCAGUUCGGCACAGGCCAGGCGCUGUCGCUCCCAGGGUUUCUGGCCGGCUUCCUCCAGGGCAUCGUCGAUCGUAUCCAGGUCCGUAUCCGGGGGGUCACCUUCCAGCUGGAUGUCGAGGUCCCUGUCGAGCCCAACUCGACAACGCCUGAGCUGGUCACUUUCCAGCUCGCCCUCGAUCGCAUAGAUGUCGAAGGCGUCACUGCGGAGGCGCACGACGACGAGGGCGCGCCGACGAUAGUGCCAAAGGACGGUAAACGUCACAUUGCCUUGUGCAAGAUCCGGGCCUACCUGAUAUCAGAGGCGAACGUUUUUUCCCAGUUUGCGCGCUCUUCUUCCGUCUCGUCACCCGCCGUCUCGCAGUCUCCGUCGUUCAGCGAGCGCGCUUCCGCAUCCAGACACAGCUCCUUCCGACCGACUAUGCAGGACAGUUAUCUUUCCGAUUCAGCGGACCUCUCCGAAGUUGACGAUGCGCUCCUGCAGGACAGCGAAGAUGCGUUUAACAUACCGUACGACUUUUCUAGCCAGACGGAGGAACCUGUCGAGGAGGAGGAAGCGAAUACACCCAGGGCCUCGAUAUACCAGGACUUUUCUCCUCGAGGCCAUUUUCCAAUGUCCCAGUCCACCGUCGUGGGAGAUGAUGACCGUGCUGCGCCGUGGGCGAGCUUCCAGCGGGAGGCGAGAUCAGAGCCCUCGCUCCAGCCCAUUGAGGGCAUGCAGACAGCCGAUCUGCUGGACUUUGGAACACCCGAAGCAUCGCAGCACUCAAGCGCGACAGGCCACAGCUCGAGUCCUGGGGCAGGCGAGGAUUUGGCGCAGUCGCACCUGUUCACCCACGAGGAGGCCGAGAGCAUGUAUAUGAGUGCCUUUUCUCAAGCCGAGCCACAGCCAGAAGGACCAAGGAUGCCAGGCGGCUGGGAUGCGGAUCCGAGCCCGGAAGCCUCACCUCAAGUCAAGAAGGCGAGUCCAGUGCCGCGCAAACCGUCACCACCCGCGUUCGAGGCAGCUCCAGAUAUCCCCGAGUCAGCGACCCCCAAGUAUCACGAUGCACCUGCAUCUCCGCGGCCAAAGACACCGCCAUCGAAAAUCGAGUCUUCCGAGCCCAGCUUUGAAGAUGCGCGGGAGCCAAAGCAGUCUCCUCCACGGAUCCCCGAAGAAGACGAACCAAGGGAUCAUCUGGCAGAUACACCCGCGCAGGCGGACGAUGUGGCGACCCCGAGAGGACCUACCAGAUUGGUGAAGGAGCUUGUGUCUCUCCAGAACAUAUCGCUAUACGUCCCAUCACUACACCAGCACCAGCAUGUACAUGCGCCACUUGAUGCACAAGCCUCUGUUCUGAGCCACAAUGCGGCGUCAACCGGUCUUGCCAGAUCAGUUGCGCCUCAAGUCCCGGGAGCCUUCUCAGUGUACUCUACGUCACCAGGAAUGAGGUCAAGCUUCGUGCCGAGGUCGCCGGGACUCGCUAUGACCGAGCCAGACAGUGAUGGGCCUCUGGAGGUACAAAUCUCCCCUCUGGAGAUCCGUUUCGAUGCCUCGCUGGCGUACCUCCUUGCCGUCGUCGUUGGCAAGUUGCUCGAUGCGUUGAAGGGCAAUGCCGGCUCUACUCCUACCCCGAAGACGACUGGGACUGCAAAGGGACAGCAGGAGUCCACAAUACCUGACAUCAAAGUCGUAUUCGAGAAGAUCUCGCUCCAUUUUCUCCACCAACUUGGCGGUGUUGCCGACACUGCGGAAAGAAUUCUGGGUUCUCCGAGAUUGCAGCUACAGCCAGAGAUUCUUCUCCGCACCGAUCUCGACAACCUGAGCGUGUCGCUCAAGAACUCCAAGAAAUCCAUCGAAACGACAGUGGACCUUGAAAAGUUCCGCUUUGGCUAUGCGAAAGAUGACAUCAUCUCGUUUGACCAAAGCCUCCAGAUGCGUGCUUCUGUCAUGGACAAAUUCCCUUCGGCCGGCUCAGAUAUAUCUGUCAAGGUGAUAAAGCUAUCUGACUCGAUUCGUACAGAAGUCACAACCUUGCCAUUGCUGGUGCAACUCGAUCUACAAAGACUAGAUGAGACAUUCAGUUGGUUUGGUGGCCUGAGUAGUUUCCUGAACAUGAGCUCUUCCAUGUCAUCAAGCGCCUCCCCAUCCGUCAGGUCGCCAGUGCCGCCGCCUCCAAAGCCCCGUGGAGUUCGCUUCGACGCGCCGAUCAACCCAGAUGACAAGUCAGCAUCGGCCGAAAACAAGAUUGACAUGCGGAUUGGAGGCUUCAAUCUCGAACUAAAGGGCAAGGAGUGCAGCGUUGGCUUGGAGACCAGUGCCGUUAAGAUGGUGAGCCGAGAACUGGGCAUCGGCUUUGCGAUCAGCAAAGUUCGACUCGCUGGACCUUACAUGAGAUACUCUCGAGGCGAACCGCCUAUUUCGGCGGAUAUUGGAGGUGUGCGCUUCGAGUACCUCGCAACGCCAAAGGACAAGGAUCUCGAAAGGCUUCUCGAGCUCAUCAUCCCUUCCAAGGCCAAAUUUGACCAGGGCGACGAUGAAAUCAUGGUGGACACGCUUCUACGGCAACGGCGCAAGGGCGGCGUCCUGCGAGUCACAUUUGAUCAGUUCAGCGUCAGGGUCGACCGGAUGGAUCAACUGAACUGCCUUCCCGUCCUGGGAGAUGAGGUGGCGCGACUCGCAACCGUUGCUAAGUAUCUUCCGGAAGACGACCGCCCUGGCAUCCUCCUUUUAGCCGAAGUCAAGGAGCUGGCUGCGGUUGUCGAUUUUGGCGGAAAGCUCGGCGUGCUGAACGCGAACCUCCGAAACUUCGAGGUCGCUCAGAUUACGGUGCCGUCGCUGGUGGCAUUCGGCGUGCAUGCUAUCUCUGUGAAUCGAAACCACCGAGAGGACCUCGUGAGUUCAUCGACGACAUUGCCGCCCGGAACGCUCACCCAAGGGCCCGUGCUCAUGGUACGCAUGAUUGGAGAUGAGAUGGAGCCGGUGAUUAAAAUCAAGAUGCGCGAUGUGACGAUUGAUUACCGUGUGCCGACGAUCAUGGACGUCCUUGGGCUUGCAGACGAUGCUACGCCUCAAGACUUCGAAGCCAGCCUCGCCGCUUCUGUGGCCAAUUUCGGCGAGCAAGCACACACUGCUCUGGCCGGCAAGAAGUCUCAGACCACGACUCGGCUGCCAGAUCCUGCUCGACCUAACAGUAAGCCUAUGACGGUCGACCUGGUUCUUCGCGAUUGCUUAAUCGGCCUAAACCCCCUGAACCUGCCCUCGAAACUUCUCAUCGCCCUGACUGAUGCCCGGUUCCAAGUGGUGCUCCCUAAGGACGUGGAUACCACGGCAAGUCUGGACUUAAACAAGGCCUCGAUCUUGCUCAUCGACGAUGUGGCUAACGUAGGUGCGAGCUCAACUGUCAACCGUCGGCAGUCGGCCGACAUGUCGUCCCAGCAGGUAUCUCGACUGGUUUCGCAAGGGUUCGUAAGCAUCUGCUAUAUAUCGUCGGCCAAAGCGGUCGUGAAGGUGUCGGAAACCCCGGAAGACGGUGAAAAGCAUGUCGACAUCGAGCUCCGUGAUGACCUGCUUGUGCUGGAGACAUGCGCCGACUCGACGCAGACGCUCAUUACCCUGGCCAAUGCAUUAACGCCGCCCACGCCGCCCAGCAAGGAGAACAAGUAUCGAACCUCGGUUGUUCCCGUGCAGGAUCUGUUGGCUUCGAUCUCAGAGGAGGCGUUCGGCAAGGCGGAAGGGGAUUACGACUUUGACAAGGACUUCGAGCUUGCCCAAGAGCUGGGCGGCAGCGACGAGUACGAUGUGGCGAGCGACAGCAGCCCGUUGCAAAUCGAUUCGCGCUACUACGGGGAUGCCGGCGGCCCCUCGGAGCCGCUCUUUGACGCAGAGGGCUCAAUCACGUCGAAUGCCACAACCACUCAAGACACCCACGACGGAGUGCUGCUGACCAGCUUCAACGCGAGCGCAUCUCACCAUUCCGAUGACAGCAGCGACCUUGUGAUCCACGAGCACUUCUUCGACAAGGGACCCGAGACCGACGGUAGAGCCCAGGUCUGGAACUCGUCCAAGAACAGCUACGACAGAGCGCCGAAGGAGCUCGUCAGGAGGAGCCCGCUUCGAGUCUCGGUUCGCGACGUGCACGUCAUCUGGAAUCUUUUUGACGGCUACGACUGGGAGCGCACCCGGGACGUGAUCUCGAAGGCCGUGCAGGACGUGGAGAACAAGGCGUAUGAGCGCCGCCGGCGAUCGGAUCGCGCCGUGUUCGAAGACGACGCCGAAGAGGAUGAGACUGUCAUUGGCGACUUCUUGUUCAAUUCGAUCUACAUUGGCAUCUCAACCAAGCAAGAUCCCCGAGAGCUUGCGCAAAUGGUUAACCAAGAGUUGAACGACAAUGCGACCGAGACCGAGUCUCUUGCGACCACGGCUUUCACCACGACAACGAGCCGAGCGGGCGGUUCCAGGCCCAAGAAGAGACUGAGACUGAAUCGAAGCAAGCACCACAAAAUCACGUUUGAGCUGCAGGGAGUCAACGUCGAUCUGAUUGCCUUCCCUCCUGAGUCUGGCGAGACGCAGAGUUCCAUCGAUGUUCGAAUUCAGACCCUGGACGUCUUUGACCACGUCCCGACGUCGACAUGGAAGAAGUUUGCCACGUACGACCAAGACGCCGGCGAGCGGGAGAUGGGCACCAGCAUGGUCCACCUGGAACUGCUCAACGUGAAGCCCCAGCUGGACCUGGCGGCCUCGGAGAUGGUGUUGAGAGUCACGGUGCUGCCUCUUCGACUCCACGUCGACCAGGACGCCCUCGACUUUAUCACACGAUUCUUCGAGUUCAAGGACGACAGUGCUCCUGUUCAUAGUUCUACCAGCGACGUGCCGUUCCUCCAGCGUGUCGAGGUCCACGACAUCCCCGUCAAGCUGGACUUCAAGCCCAAACGGGUUGACUAUGCAGGGCUGAAGUCGGGGCGGACCACGGAGUUUAUGAACUUCAUCAUCCUAGACGAAGCGCGCAUGACGUUGCGGCAUACCAUUAUCUAUGGCGUCUCGGGCUUUGACAGAAUGGGCAAGAUUCUCAACGACAUCUGGAUGCCGGACGUCAAGGGCACCCAGCUGGCCGGUGUCCUGGCCGGUCUCGCGCCGGUCCGCGGCAUUGUCAACAUCGGUAGCGGUUUCAAGGAGCUCAUUGAGGUGCCCAUGAGGGAGUACAAGAAGGAUGGCCGCAUCGUGCGCAGCAUCGGCAAGGGCGCGGCGGCCUUUGCUCGCACUACCGGCACGGAGAUGGUCAAGUUCGGAGCCAAACUGGCCAUCGGAACCCAGUAUGCGCUUCAGGGGGCCGAGGGUCUUUUGAACAAGCCGCAGGCCGACAACACCUGGGAGGAGGCCGAUCUCGAUCCAGAGGAGAAGAAGCAGAUCUCGCUGUACGCGGAGCAGCCGACGGGGGUGAUCCAGGGGCUGCGCGGCGGUUACUCGAGCCUGACGAGAGACCUGAACAUGGCCCGCGAUGCCAUCAUUGCGGUCCCGGGUGAGGUCAUGGACAGCCAGAGCGCGCAGGGGCUCGCAAAGGCAGUAUGGAAGCGGGCACCGACCAUCAUCUUCCGACCAGCCAUUGGGGCUACCAAGGUGAUUGGACAGACGUUGAUGGGCGCGACGAACAGCCUGGAUCCUCAGAACAGGCGUAGAGCUGAAGAAGUGAGUGACAAACGCAUCAACCCUCCCCUCAACGAGAUGAAGAGUGACUGA